AUGGAGAUGUAUAAAAAAUCUUUAGAAGAUACAGCCUAUAAAUACGAAAGAAACACAAGAUUUAAAAAUCAAAUAAACGAUAUUAAAAUUGUAGCAACCCAAUCAAUAAGUCUUGGUCAAAUUAUAUACACCUUGUGUGGGAUGACCGCUGCUAUAAAACCAGAAGAAAUAAAAAUUGGGGUUAAUGACUUCUCUAUUUUAACAAGUUCACGUAAUAAAAAAGAUUUACUGUUUCUCGGACCUGCGGCUUAUAUAAACCAUUGCUGCUCAAACAAUACGGAAUUGGUGGCUGGAAAGGGGGAAGGAGUCUGGUGUGCAAAAGCAAUUCAACAAAUAAAUAUUGGUACAGAAAUAACAACAUACUAUGGUGACCAUUACUUUGGUGAAAACCAAACAAAUUGUGAAUGCCAAUGUCACACUGACAAAGUCCCAGUAAACGAUGUAGAUAGUCUGGGUAAUCAAGAUCAACCACAAAGCGAAACGCCUGUUGCAUCAACUUCAGUCAAACCUGUGACACAAGAGCAUAUGGGUAAACAAGAUCAACAAGCAAGCGAAUUGCCAGUUGCAAACCCUUCAGUCAAACCUGUGACACAAGUAGAUAGUCUGGGUAAUCAAUAUCAACCAGAAAGCGAAACGCCUGUUGCAUCAACUUCAGUCAAACCUGUGACACAAGAGCAGAGGGGUAAACAAGAUCAACAAGCAAGCGAAUUGCCAGUUGCAAACCCUUCAGUCAAACCUGUGACACAAGUAGAUAGUCUGGGUAAUCAAUAUCAACCAGAAAGCGAAACGCCUGUUGCAAACCCUUCAGUCAAACCUGUGACACAAGAGCAUAUGGGUAAACAAGAUCAACAAGCAAGCGAAUUGCCAGUUGCAAACCCUUCAGUCAAACCUGUGACACAAGUAGAUAGUAUGGUUACAGAUACUGAUACAGAAGAAAGUGAAACCGAUUCAGAGAGUAUGGAUAUAAAUACAGAUACAGAAGAUACUGAUUUAGAGCAGAGGGGUAAACAAGAUCAACAAAAAAGCGAAUUUCCAGUUGCAAACCCUUCAGUCAAACCUGUGACACAAGUAGAUAGUCUGGGUAAUCAAGAUCAACCAGAAAGCGAAACGCCUGUUGCAUCAACAUCAGUCAAACCUGUGACACAAGUAGAUAGUAUGGGUACAGAUACUGAUACAGAAGAAAGUGAAACCGAUUCAGAGAGUAUGGAUAUAAAUACAGAUACAGAAGAUACUGAUUUAGAGCAUAUGGUACAGAUUGAGCAUUGA